ACCACUACCAGUAAUACGCACUGCACUCUGAGGUCAUACAGAAAUACCAAGCCCGUAUAAUAAUAGUAGGUAAGCGAAGGCAUACCUGUGGCCCGUCAGCAGUGAUCAGGUAUCUAUCUAGUUUUCCCCAUCACCAUUAUCUAGAUUCCGGGAUUCAUAAUGGGCUGGCCCUGAGAUUCGACAUCUCGUCCCAACUGUCGAUAUCAGCCGACAAAAUCGUCAUUGACGCUCGUUGCUCUUCAUGGAUGCUAUACCGACGCUCGUGGCCGCCUUGAUAAUUCUCAUACUGGGGUGGAUUUCGGUAGUGCUCCGGUUCUACACUCGGAUAUAUGCCCGCCAAGGCCUCAAAUGGGAUGACUGGUUACUCCUUCUUGCAGCGAUUGCAGGGACGACUGUCAUCGCUCUCACUGUUGCUGCGGGUGUCGUGAAUCCGAAUGGGAACUACACCACGCAGAUCUUCGAUCCGAAUUACAUCGAGACACCGCAGGAUAUCUUCUAUCUCCAGAUAAAUUACGCGACGGCCAUCGUCUACUACACGAUCAACGCCGCCGUCAAACUGAGUAUCCUGUACAUGUACUACCGCAUCUUCAACGCAAGAUCCGCGCUCAGAUACCAGUUGUUCAUCACGGCGAGCUUAGUCAUCGGAUGGUGGAUUGGGACGACGGUGGCGCAGAUCGUCAACUGCGUUCCCAUCUCCAAGUACUGGACCAGCAAUAUAUUGGACCCGAAGCAUUGCUUCAACUUGAAUACGCUCUUCGUCGUCGCGGGGAGCAUCGAAGUCUUUCUCGACGUGCUGAUCUUGACGCUUCCGAUCAGGGCCGUGCUGGCGUUGCAAUUGUCGUGGAGGCGGAAAGGGAUCAUCUCGGGGAUCUUUCUACUUGGCAGCUUUGUGAUAGCCACGGGACUCGUCCGAGUAAUCAUGGGGUAUGCGCCAGGGAGUCAACGGCCCUCAUCAUCAGCCGAGCUGUGGACGGUGAUUCAUUCCGGUGUAGGAGUGAUAUGCGCGAGCUUGCCGACCUUCAACCCCAUACUGCAGCGCACAUUGAAAUCAUCCCUCGUUACCAACACGAUACAUUUCUUCUCGGGGUCGAGCGCAAGCAAGGAAGUGGUGAUGAGGAGAGAGAGAAGCCACGUCACGAUCCCUUUAAACACGAUGACCGACGAAGCUCAUUCUACCCGAGAUAGUGUAGAGCAGAGUCCCCAGGUGCCGGAACCGACAUAUGAUAGAUGGGGCUUAAAAGCUGGGCGUUUGGGUCUUCAGGAACAGAAUGUAUAUUGAUGAGUUCUUACUAAGUACAUAUAGAU